AUGCCUCAACAACCUCUUCUCAACGGCGCACGCAGGAAACCUAUCCGCUACGAAGCCGUACAGGGCUACUUCGAGCAGUCCGACCCGGGAACAGACGGUUCCGCCUUUCCGCUGAUACCCGUAGCACUGGGCCUGGUCGACAAGUCGGAGUCUCGCUGGGAGAAAACGUUCCGAAGAUUGAGGGUGCUGCAGGAGAAGGUCGGGAAGAAAGGGGUGGUCAAGUUGCUUUUUCUGCAGAGACACGGACAGGGCGAGCAUAACGUGGCCGAAGCGAAAUACGGCAAAGAAGCGUGGGACUCUUACUAUUCCAAACUCCCAUUCUACUUUGAUGCCUCCCUGACUCCCCUCGGCAUCUCGCAACUGGCUCAAAACGCCGACAACCUGUUCGCCGAAAUCAACGAACACAAGUUGGCCCUCCCGUCGCUGAUCGUCACCUCGCCAUUAUCCCGCUGCCUGAACACCACGCGUCUGGUCUGGGGAAAGAUCACGCAGAACAAGUAUGACCCGAAAGCAAUCGAGUUCCUGAGAGAACAGUAUGGCGACCAUACCUGUGAUCAACGGCGGACCCGGACUGAGCUGAGCAAACGGUUUCCCGAGGUCGACUUUACCGAUUUGGUUACCGACGAAGACUCGCUGUGGGAGAAAGAUGUGAGGGAACCGGACGAGCAUGUCAUCGAAAGGGUUAGAGCGGUUUUUGAUGGGUUAUUCUCCCUGCCUGAGACGUCGAGUGGAGAGACGCUGGAUGUCUUGACGUCGGAGAAGCUGAUUGGAAUCGUGUGCCAUGGGGGAAUAAUUGAGUCCAGUAUUCACAUCACCGGGCACCGUGAUUUCCCUGUGCCUCCCGGCGGGAUGCUACCCAUGGUCGUCAUUGGAUGGUUCGAGUAG